CAUCAAGGCAAUUAAUUAGAGGUGGCAAGUUGUUGGUAAUGGGCUGCUACUCAAUUUAUGAGGUGAAGACUGCAAUUGGGCUGCUGCUGCUGUGCUUUCUAUGGCUAAUGUGUGUUGCUCCAUUGAGACGGAGCCUAGAACAUUGAACCAAGGGCAACUCAACCAUGCCAGGGAAAUGGCUGCUGAUGUAGCUCAGAAGCUGGAACCAAGAGAAGCUUCCGCCAUACUCAUUGAGGGAUUGAUAACAGCUGCUGAAAUAAAGGAGGUGGAAUUGACAGAUAAAGAGAAGGAAGUUGAAUGCAACCAAAGGGCUCAUAUCACAGAAAGACCUUGCCAAUGUUCAUGCAACAACGUGGAAUCCCCAGACACGAACAAUAUUCUAAACAAUCUCAAGGAGCCUGUUACUGCCCCUUUCUUAGUGAUGGAUCCUUGGUCUUAGGAUGCCUCUUAUUUGUAUUGGUUUUCUUUUGUAUAUUACCAUCAGCAUGACUAUGUUGUUAAUAAUGGGCUUAUCAUGGUCUUGGGCUAUUAUUGGACUGCAUAUUAAUGAGGUUUUUUUGGACCUGAUAAACUGUUUUUGUCGUUCUAAUAAAUGUUUGGUUUUCUCAUUA